AUGCUAGACCUCCUCCUCUCAAUCCCUAUGAUCUCCUACCUCCUUAUCCCAGCCAUGUCCUCCUACCCCACAAGUCUCAACAUCAUCUUUUUCUACAUCACCUGGAUCACGCUAGUCAUGUCAAGUCCCCCGUUAAAGGUUGAAAUCGUAGGAACACUCGCCAUCCGCGUGCUGCUCUACCUGGUUCCGUCCGUGCUAUUUUUCCUCUUUGAUGUGCUGCUUCCGUCCGCUGCGGUGGUGAUAAAAGCGCAAGGUGCUGCGGGCCUUCCGGUGAACAAGAAGGGGAAGAGGUGCUGGAAACGAGCGCUGAAGGUGGUGGCUUGGGCGGUGUUUAAUUUGCUCUUGGGUAUUUUGCUGCAGGGAAUUGUGGAAGUGGUGUUGACGAAAGUUCUCCGGAUGAAGAGUUCGAUAAGGGUGGUGGCGAGGUUACCUCUGCCGUGGGAUGUCGUGAAGGAUCUGAUGUUGGGGUUUGCGGGGAGAGAGGUCCUCCAGUACGUCAUCCACCGAUUCCUCCUCCAUUCACCAAUAGCCUAUGUCGCAAAGUGCCAUGAUGAAUGGUACCACUCGUUACGAAGCCCUUACCCGCUAACAGCACACUACGACCAUCCUCUCGCCUACCUCCUCUCCCGGUUCAUACCUACAUUCCUUCCCGCCGCCGCCUGCCGUUUCCACCUACUCACCUACCUCAUAUUCGUCGCCCUCAUUUCGCUCGAGGAGACUUUUUCCCACUCCGGUUACAGAGUCAUGCCCACCAGUUUCUUCAUUGGCGGCAUGGCGCGCAGGGCCGAUUUGCACCUGCUAAGCAAAGGUUGUGGCAAUUACGGGUCAUGGGGGGUCAUGGAUUGGAUAUGCGGGACUACAGUGGGCCACAGUCGGUAUGCACCUGAGGGAGAGGACGCGGAGCAUGAAAUUGAUAUUGAUGCUGUUCUUGAUGCGGCGGUUGAGGAGCCAAGGAGGCAGGUUAGGGGGCUGAGAACUCGGGGGCGAGGGGUAGUCCCUUCAUAA